UCUGAACGGAUCGCGCGGGGAGCGGGAACUGUCACAAGCAAAGAACUACAGUGUAAGCAGUAAAGUCAUGUUACUAGCUGCCGGUUGCGUUUCGAAGUUUUCUUCCGUUCCCGGCAAUGGCGACUUCUCCUGUGCAGCGAAGCCAGAGGUCUCUUAGUCUUGCAGUGCCGUUCCAGCACCUCCUCCAUGGCGUGGAGCAAGAGGAGAAGGUUUUAGGGCGAGGGGCGCAUGGCGUAGUGUUUGCUGGAAGCUGGAACGGUACGGCCGUGGCGAUAAAACGUCACCAUCCUGUCCUGGCCCUUGACGAGCACGGCCAGCUGUCAGCGAACUACCAGCAAUUUCUGCGAGAGUUUCCGCUGUUGAAUGAGCUACCGCAUCCCAACAUUGUUCAGGUGUUCGGAAUGGUGUCGGCGAGCGGACCGAAUGACACGCCGGGUCUGGUCAUGGAGUGUCUUUCGCAGACGUUGCGUCAGCGCUGCAGCACGCAGCCGGCCCUGUCGCGUGUGCAGGAGGCGGACAUCGCUCUAGGCGUGUCGUCCGCGCUGCUGUACCUCCACAGCUUGAACAUAGUCCACCGGGAUCUCACGACCAAUAACAUUAUGGUAAGCAGUGAAGUGGGCAUGCCCGGCGGUGUGCCGCAGCUGAGAGCAAAGAUUACGGAUGUCGGCGGAGCUGCAAAGCUGGCUCAUCCAGCAGAAGCGGAGAGCUUGACAAUGAACCCGGGAGCACAGACGUACAUGGCACCGGAGACUCAACAAGAGUAUGCUGACGGCGAUGGUGGUGGAGAGCAGGGACAAGCAAGGUACGGAACUCCUGCUGACUGCUACUCCUUCGGCGUGUCCAUCCUGGCCAUGUGCGUUCGCCGUGAACCGCCCAGCAUAUUCACACUGAUGCGUAGAGGACGCUCGCAUGACCUCAAUGCCCUCGGUGCGUACCACCCAUUCCAUGCAAUCAUCAGCCAAUGCCUGGAAGUUAAUCCAGCCCGGCGUCCCAGUGCCACACACAUUAACCAAGCCGUGCGUGUUGCCAAAGAGUCUCUUCUCCGGCAACCGCCAGUGGACAGGCCCGUAGCGAAAAGGAGAACGCUAUCCGCUGACCACGCCGAGAAUGAACAUAUGCGCCGGGAGCUUCAGGAGCAGAAGAUGCAGCUGAGCGCAGUCAAAGAGCAGCUAUUGGCGGCGCAGCGCCAAAGCCAAUCGCAUACCCGGCUAGCUUUGCAGGAUCGCGAGGCACUGAUAGCCGAGCGCGACGCAGCCAUACAGCAACUCGGCGAGGUGCUCGUUCAGACCGCGGUGGGAACGCACGACGCGGAGCGACGCGCCGGCGAUAACGGAGACAUGCACGAGCAGCAGAUGAGAGACUCGCUAUUUCAUCUCGCAUCCAUUGAUGGACCGGCCGGUGUGCAGGCUCGCUGUUCACUCAUCAUCGGUCCACCGCCGUCGCUCUCAAGAGGAGCACGCCCGAAAGCGACGUGGAAGAAUGUUGGCAAACUUCCAAUCGCCAUCAGCAACCCCGCUCAGGUGGGCUCAGUAGCCUAUCAUCAGGGCCGAGUGUACACAACGCUUCUUCUCGAGAAAAGGUGGCAAAUUUUCAGCACGGACUCCAAAAACCUAGCCGAACCUGCCUGGUUCGCUGAAAACCCGCUGAAUUCACUGCAGCAGCAGCUCCCCGACACUCCGCGCAUCUUUGGUGUCCGGGAGCACAAUAACACGUUGUACCUAAUCGUCGUGUUUGUUAGCACGCCAUCCAUCCUUUAUAGCCGAUUGGACAAUGGCGGCUGGCGGCAGGUGGCACAGCUGCCAAGGUUCCGCAUGGGGUUCUCAAUCACCUUCCUUGACAACCACCUCGUCAUCAUCGGGGGCUCUACGGGCACGCAUGCGUUCGUACCGGUGCGACCGGACGUCAUUUCCUUCAAUCUCGGCAAGCCGGGAAACGCCGCCGAGUGGAUUGCCUGGCCGGACUUUCCCCAGUCCUGUGGCGGUGGCGUGCUGAAGUAUCCGCACGGCAUAGUGCACGCUGGCUACCUGCACAUUAUCGGCGGUGAUUACGAACAUGGAGCGGCGACCAGGCGGUCGAUCCUCUCAGCGCCGCCAACGAAGCACGUGCACGCUCGCAGCUGGUCGACGGACGUUCUGCCGAAGCUGCCGUUUCCGAACUGCCUGCUGCGCGUGUUCAACGGCUGCCUGGGCUGCUACGACCGGUACGGGCUCAGCCACGACCGCGAGAAGCAGUUCUUCAUGCUCUCGCCGGUCUCACAACAAUGGCUGCCGCUUCCCAGCACCAACCCGAAGGACGGGUUUGCGUGCGACCUGAAUGGCCGUAUGGUCCUCUUCACGCCAACCGUAAUCCAGGAACUAUGCUGGGAGUAGGCAUGCGUACUUUGACCCAGAUCUCUGAUCACUACCGUAAACUGCUUUAUGUUUGCGACGUAUUUAAAAUGUUUGCUAAUUUUGCGAGAAGAGCAGAACGCAAAUAUUAACCAUCGUGAAAAAUCAAACUUCAACAGUGGGUGUAUACGUGUGGCCACAGUGCUCCACGGACAUUUGCCAUCGUAAACUCGCUGAUUCUGAGAGAUCGCAAACCUUUAGUGACGCAAACCUUGGGCGGUUUACCGUAUGUCUGUCAAUUGCUGUGUAAGAGUGGUAAGUGUGACGAUGUUUACGAGUUUAAAAUUUGACUACCCCUGCCAUCAUGUGCCCGUCUUUUUUGGUAUUGUGCUCGUUUAAGUGUGACUUUGUGACUCGCUUGAGACUUUGAGUUUGAGAUUCAACGCUUACAGUGUUGGCGUGGACAUUUGGCC